AGUCACAAUUGGCAGGGCAACAAAAACAAAACAGGUUGUAGAUUUGCUAAACAAAUAAUUCGUUUUAAUCUCUCUCUAUUUGCGUGUGAAUUUAUUUAUUUAUCCUGUUGAACCUUGAGCUGAGCAAUAAAUUAAGUAAUAUUUUCAUCUACAAGCAAUACGCGUAAUCACACAAGUAAAGACGUAGAAAACAUGAACUUGGAUAAGUUGGUGGCACUAAAUAAUCAGACGGCAGGCCGUGAUAAAAUCGCACGCCUUGUACAAUAUGCAUCGCGUGCUUUAUGGGAUUCAUUGGAGAGCGCUGACGCUAGUCCAGCUCUGGCGGAUAGCUUCAAAACUGUGGAAUAUAUAUUAAGCACAUUCCGAAAACUGCUGCGCUUCGGUCGCUGUGUGGAUAUAUUCUACUCGUCAUUACGCACCAUACAUUACCCCGAUCUUACGAUACGUGUGACAUUGACAUUGAGCAAGCUGUCACAAUCUCUGUUCCUACUGGCCGACCAUUUCAUGUGGCUGGCUCGCACGGGUCUCUUCAAGGGCAUAAAUACCAACCGUUGGGGCAAAUUCGCGAAUAAAUACUGGUUGCUAUCGAUUAUAAUGAAUUUAUGCCGAGAUGUUUAUGAAAUAUUUCAAUUGAUCGAUUUUCAUAAGGCUGGCUCAAAGAGUGGUAUAACCCGUGCAUGCCCUAAAGUCUCACCGCUGCGUAUAACUUCACUACGUGAUUUUAACCAAUUGGCGCUACAUUCCUAUGCCUUGGUGCUGGGCCACAAAGAUGUGGCUGUAGAUACAGUUAAGAAUUUAUGUGACUUAUUUAUACCACUAACUGUACUAGGUUACACUAGGUUGUCGCCGCGUACAAUUGGUUUGCUGGGUGCUAUUUCGUCGGCAGCUGGUUUGUGGGCAUUAUUAGAACCAACAGCCAAGUUAACGCCAGCAUAAAUUUGAACUAUAUUUUUCUUAGGUUAAGGAGUAAAGCAAAGAAAAUUUGUUUCUUUAUGGUAUAUGUAUUUUACAACGUUUAAAUUCCACGAUUUUUGUUUUUGUACUCGACAUAUAGCACACGCACACUUAUGAAUUUAUGUAUAUUUUUAUGUACGUAUGGAUUAUUUGAUUUCUUACACGUUUUCGCUGUUGAAAAUAAAUAAAUCUAUUCUCUGAUAA